GCAAUACUUCGAGCCAGUGGGGAAGAAGCGCAAGCUCGAUGUCUCCCUCCGGGGGUUUGCGCCGGAGCUUCUUUGCAAUGCGCCCUCCAACAUUCAGACUUGUCGGAGCUUGCUGCUCUUCCUGGAGAAGAAAAUACUGCAGAGCAAUGCUUCGCUCUCAGCCCCAGAAGUUCAGGGCCCGGAGGACCUGAAGCACGAGCUUGAGAAGUUUGCUGAGGAAGCCGGGCGUGCAACGGCCAUCGACAAACCAGGUGCCUACGACGCACGCGUCAGGCGCGUGUUGGACCUGACCGCGCUACUUGGAACUCCUGAGGUCAAGGAGCUUGUGAACUCCACUCGAACAAGGCUGCGGGAAAGGAUGCAUCAGCUCAAUCUGCAGCUCAAAGAGCGAGGGGAGUUGGACGUGGAGACGCUGACAAAGCAGCGGCAAGCUUGGGCAGAGGGGCUUCUCCGGCGAGACUGGCUGGCAUGGUGCGAGCGCUUGCUUCAGGCCCGAGAAGCUAAUUUGUUGCGCGCUGGCAACCAGCCUCUCAAGGAGCAGUGCUCGGAGCAUUUGACUGCUGGGCACGUCGAGAUGGCGAGAGCAAAGAUGGACGUCCUUGCUGCGCGGAUGCAGGACGUCCCAGAACGCCGUGGGCUGCUUGACAACCGUCUCACAGGAAAGAAGUGCGCUAGCAACAUUAUGCUCUGCUGCGGUGGUUUGGGGAAGGCCCGAGGGCCUGUGGGGAGGGCACGCCUGGCAAGGUUGUCGGAGCAGGAUGCUCAUCGGUAUGAGAAGCCAGGCCAAGCUUACGACUUCCGCAGCCAUUUAAAAUUUAUGUUUCAGAUACAGCUGAUUCAGCUAGACGCUAGCUCCUCUGCCCCCCAUGGGGAUCUUUUCUUCAAGCCGCUUCCUGUGCUGCUUUGUGCUGCUGGCAGUGGUGACGAGCAACAGCUGGACGGAGCUUUCUCCUCCAAGUGGUCCGCCAACCACGACCAGACACUCAAUGUUGUGGGACAGCGCCGGCCAAGGACUUCUCAUGUUUGGUGGGCAGGUGCAGCCGAGUAA